UCAACGUUUAAGGCCAACCCGGGCACCUUGUUUCGAAAUUGGGUGUUCACUUGUGCUACCCAGGGAUCCGUGUACUCGUGAGCAGUUUCUCGCCACAUUUCGUUGUGGUAAUCACUAUGCCUCGUCCUUGUUUUUAUCUUCAAAUAUGACUUCCGUGGAAAUGGAUUUCAUCUCUCCCCCACUCCAGUGAAUGAUUUUCCAUACCUAGCUUCAUUUCGUCCUUUCUUCCCCAACGUCAUGAUAGUCGCACUCCCUGUCAUAUCAUUUCUAUGUUUUGGAUUUCUCUGCCUGUGUUUGCUUGGCCCUCAUGUCCGGAGCGACGUCCCUCAACUCAGCCUCAUACUCUGGCUUAUUGUUGGCAAUGUUAUCCACGGGCUGAAUAGUUUAAUAUGGUCUGGCAACACUGAUAUACAUGUACCAGUCUGGUGUGAUAUUGUAACAAAGGUUCUUAUAGCAACAGGAUUUGCGAUUCCAGCGUGCUGUCUGUGUAUGGCUGCACACCUUGAACUUUUGGCCUCACAUCGUCCGUUCGUCACUACUAGACCUGCCCGUCGAGCUCGUUUGAUUUUCAACCUUACAAUAUGUUGGAUUAUUCCAGUAAUCUAUAGUUUACUACACCUCAUUGUGCAGAACCAUCGUUUCGAUAUCGUCAGGGAUUUUGGCUGCAGUGCUGCCAUUCAUAGUUCUAUCCCGUCUGUUCUCGUAGUGUGGCUGCCAUCGUUUCUGUUUUCUGUGGUUUCCUUCAUCAUCUCCGGAAUCUCUCUUCACCACUCGUUCCAAGUCUCUGCAUCUCGCUUCGAAGAGCAUAUUCUCAAUCGCCUUAACGUGGCUCCAUCACUCUAUUUGCGUCGAAUAACCUCGGUCUUCAUACUCACGAUAGUGACCAUAACGUUCUCCGUUUUCAUUCUCUUCACGCGCUCUGAUUUCCGGUCAUUCGCUUAUUGGGAAGCUCUACAUGCUCAUUUCAAGGAGAUAUUUGUGCUGGGACCAUCUCCUGAUCGCAGUCUAGCCAAAAUGAUGUGGUGGCUCAUUCCGACUGUCUCUAUCGCGUAUAUUCUGCUGUGGAUUACUGUCGGUGAAGAUGUACGAGAUGUCGUGAAGGCGCUUAGGUCUGGCAAGGUCACCUUCCCAUCGUUGCCACGACCGGUGUUGCCUAAGCCCCGUUCCAUUCUCCCUAUUCAUCUAGGAACUCGAAAGAAAACCACGAAAUCACGGCCGGUGUACAGGCCACAGCUUGUAGCGCCGGUUCUUGUUUCAGGUUGGGAUGAAAUGUUAGAUUUGCAUGCUCAGAGAUCUUGCUCUUCCCCUCCUUUCAAAUCUUCAUCUUCCUCUCCCUCAACCACUCCCACCAAAUCUCCUCUUGACCCCACCGCUCACCCUCAUUUCUCCGCAGCUGUUUCGGAGCGUUCAUCUGACUCCGAAGGCGACAAAAAGUUUACUAUCUCGACGCUGGAGUACCUCACUUCGCCCGCAGCUCGAUCCUUAGGCUUGACUUCCCCUGUACUAUCAUCUCCACCUCCCGCCUACCGGUCUCCUUUUUCGGAGACAAGCCAUCUCUUUGUACCCUCAGACCCGUUCUCCAAAUCACCUGAAAUCACAAAGUCAAUUCCGGACGAUGUGGCGUCUACUUCGUCAUCCCUCUACGAUAUACCUUGGCCCGCUCCUCCAUCUAUUGUCACGGAAUCUGGUUGUUUGGUAGUUCCUCAGUUACGUCCCCACUCGCCCGCGUUGUCUGACGCCAGUUUUGUCGGAACUACUCCCAAACGUUCUACAACUCCCCCAAACCUACGCCAUCCACCGUUCCGUGGGCCUAGCAUCUAUGCUAUACCAGAUAAACGGGGUGACGCAGCCCCGGGAGCUGCGAAGCAAUUGUCCCGCACCCAAUGCCUACAUCGGGAGCUUGGAUUGUCGAGACUGAACGUUGGUAUCGACAAGAAACGUUCUGCGGAAGCUAUAUAUAUGACUGUGGUCACUCAUGAAACGCGCGAGCCUAGAGCCCUAUGAUCCUCUCCUCUCUAAAGAUUUUGUAUUCAAUGAUACUAUGAUUUUUUCUUCUGAACCUUAAGGUGCCUUUAAUUUCCUCCACUUUUUGCAUAUUUUCGUUAUACACACCCAUUCUUUCCAUGUAGCAUUAGUUAUCACAAGCUUAUGACCUGGCCCUUUGUGCCGAGUUUUUUUGCAUGUUUAUACACCUGCUUACUUGUGCUCUGUAGGAGUUCUGCAGGUAGUGAACAGCAUGAAUCACCCAUGGGGGGAAAGUUUGUGUCCCUUGGCCCACUGUAUUCAUAUCACAUGACCUGUUCUGUGAACAUCCUGUGUCAGAGGCGUAAUUACACCUGUCCUACCCGUUACCCAUGGAAAAAAGUAUGGUGGGUAUGGGACUUGUACAGGGUGACUAAUCCAUUCCAG